GGACGUGGCAGCGCAGUGGGCUCUUCUACAGAAAACAGUAAUUAACAUUCUUCCUGUGAAAAAUCAAACAAAUUCAAAACCAGAGGCGUAUUAAAAACAGGUGCCCAAGCGUGGUUCGAUGAGUGUUAAGUUUUAAGUAUUUUCUUCAUUUUAAGUGGUUCGUUUUGAGUGAAAAUGACUGGAAUUAUACCGGUUCGUUAUACGAGGAACCUCUUUUUGAGGGCCUUUUGCACAGUGUACCUUUCGGCCUUUAUUUCUCUAUAUUUUCAAGCUCCAGGUUUAUAUGGGGAUAAUGGUGUCCUGCCUGCUAGAUCCGUAUUGGAAAACAGCAAACACAAAAAUUUAUCGGCAAAAAUUCACUAUCAGCCCACCUUACUGUGGCUGGCCUCCUAUUUAGGACUCAGCACUAGUGCUGCUGUAGAUGUUUUAUCAUUGCUGGGCGUUUUUCUUGCAUUUACAGGAAUCGUUUCUCAGAAGUUUUGCAUUGUUCCUGUGUUCACUGCUCUUUGGUCACUGUUCUUCUCACUCUACCAGAUUGGACAAGUUUUCGUCUCAAACAGCUAUGAUGAGCUCUUACUUGAAGCGGGUUUCCUUGCAAUUUUCAUUGCACCAUUUUUACCGAGCCGAAGAAAAAACAAAACUCCAACUCUAGAUUUGAUUGGUUUUUGGCUGGUCCGUUGGUUACUCUUCAGAAUACUGUUCACCGCCGCAUUAGGAAAAUUGCUUGGCGGUUGCCCGAAAUGGUGGACCUUAACAGCUUUGAAUCAUCAUUUUGAAACAAUGCCUCUACCGAAUCCAUUGUCAUGGUAUGCACACCAUUUGCCCACAUGGUUCUUAAGACUGACUACAGUUUAUACUAACGUGUGCGAAUUGGUAGUGCCUUUUUUGUUUUUCUUGCCUAUCAGGACUGCAAGAAUCACUGCCUUCCACUUACAGCUCUUUUUACAAACUUGUAUUGUGGCAACGGGCAAUUUCGAUCACGCAAAUAUCCUUAUAGUGACUUUGUUGCUGUCGCUGUUGGACGAUCAAUUUUUCUACGGCAAAAAGAAGCCCAAUUCCAAACUGGACAUUUUGGAUAAGACUUUGAACGUUGGCAUUUGGAUCGGAGUGGCUUUUGGUGUUACCAAACUUUACGGUCUCAAAUACACAGAUGGAAUAUUAGAUGCACAAAUCAGUUUUACAAAGAUACAAUUCAGCAACUUUGUAGAAGAAUACCUGCCCUUUGUUAUAGUUGGUAUUUUAAUCACUUUAGGUAUAACUGUGUUGUUGUGCAUAUCACACAUUAUGUCAGACGAGAAUUAUUCAGGAAAUAAAGUGCUGGGAUUAAUUGGGGCCACGUUUUACACUAUUAUCGCGCUUACUAUAUUUUUCUCUAGCUCGACUGCCAUAUUAUCCUUACAUCCGAAAACAAACUCUACAGUAAUCCCUGUAUUGCGCACAAGUUACAACAGGCUGCAUAAAGCCCGUAUAGUAAACCAAUACAACCUCUUCCCUAAGAUACAAGGAGUGGAAGGACGGCCUGAAAUAAUUUUAGAAGGGGCUGACAAUUUGGAAGGGCCUUGGAAGGAAUACAACUUUUUAUACAAACCUGGAAAUGUGAAUCAUUCUUUGCCAUUUGUUGCUCCUUAUUCUCCAAGAUUAGAUUGGCAAUUAUACUGGGCGGCUCAAACAACUUAUGAUAAACAGCCCUGGAUAUUAUCGUUGGCUCACAGAUUGUUAACAGGCCAGCCAGAAGUCCUGAAUCUUCUUGACAGAAGUCACAGCCCGUUUGCGAAUAAACCCCCAAAAUUCAUCAGAGGGGUGCUUUACAAGUACAAGUUUACUACAUGGAGUCACAGGUCGCAGCCAGCUUGGUGGAUACGAGAAAAGGUGGGCGAAUAUUUCCCAGCGUACACCAAAGACUCGCCCGCUUUAGAAGAUUUUCUUAAGGCAAGGAAUUUGUUGCCGUCAAGUAAAGGGCAGGAAUUGAAUCCGAUUUGGAAACAAGGGUUGGAUAUUGUGAGGGUUGCUGCUAGUAAACUUGAGGCCACGUUGCUGUUUUGGUCAGUUUUUACUGGGGCGCUUGCCAUUGUUGCCAGUUCUUCGAGUUUCUCAUAAAUUGAAUGGUUUCAAAUGUUUAAAACAAGAUGACGUGCUAUUUUUUUGAAACUAAUUGCCAUCUCUGUUUUUUUUUUUUUGAAAAUUUUACAGGGUUAGUUGACAAUUCAAAGCAUCAACCCUAGAACACUAUUGUAUCAGAUUUUUUGGAAGUUAAAAAGUUAGAAAAUAGGUACCUUGGUGCAUUAAAAUAUACUCUAAAUCAGUCAGGACAAAAAUAUAGAAAAUAGUUUUACAAUAUAUACAUUCCAUUAGUAUUUUUGUACUAGUGGUAAGCAAUAUUAGUGUUCUAGGGGAAACUAAAAAUACUUAAUUCUUGAUGAAAUUUUCCCUCAAAAGCUAAAUAAUUUAUUUGUGUGUUUCAUUUUAAUUUGGUUAUUAAUUUAGAAUAAGUGCAAUGUUAACUUAUUACAAGGCCAGAAUUUUUGUUUAAUAAUAGCAUUGUAUAAUAGUAUCUAGUGUCUUACUUUUUAAAUUCAAUAUUUUAUUUAUACAAUAAUAAUAUUAAGAAUCAUUGUGACAUUUCUUGAAAUAACUUGUCUAGGUAUUUUCUAUGUAAUUUGUAAGUAUCAACAAAUAAUGAAUAUCACUAUUGUGCAUAAUUGUUUUUUAAAUCUGGAAAUUUAGUUUUUUAGGUAGCGUAUAGGUUAAUAACAAGGUGUGUCUAGAACUUUUUAAAGGAUAAAAUUCUCAGUACAGAAUAAAAGAUAUCAAAUUAACUUUUUCAUUUUAAU